AUGCUACGGACUAUAUCAUCUCGCUCGGCGGGCACCAACCCAUUUUUAGCGUCGAGGUGUCUUCGUGGCAACCUGCUCUGGGCUAUACGACUGAUCCGGCACCAGGCGUUCGAUGCGGCCCUCGACCAAGAGGACCUGGCCGAAGCGAGGAAAUGGCACGCAUCGUUUGACGCGGCCAGGCUACCGCAGGGGCAGACGACCUAUUCCCGGUCAAGCGGGCCCGGGGGGCAACAUGUUAACAAAACGGAGAGCAAGGCCACGACGGUGUGGUCUGUCGAGGAACUCUCCCGAAACCUGCCCAAAAUAAUGCGCUCGGCGUUGCGCGGCUCGAGGUAUUACUCGAGAAGAAAUGACUCCAUCACCAUCCAGGCGCAGACGCAACGGAGCCGAUCCGCCAACACGGACGAGAAUUACGUCAAGUUGGGCGAAGAAAUAGAGAGAAUCUACAAGGAGCACGUCCCCGGCGCAACCAGCGCCGAGAAGGUCAAGAAACACGAAGCCUUAGAGAAAUCGUUCCACGAGGGUAGGCUGAGAGCGAAGAAACAGCAGAGUCUCAAGAAGAUGUUCCGGAAAGGCAGAGGCCACGAUGAAUAA